UCUGCGUACCUCUUCACGGAUCUCGCUAAGUGUCUUGGGACCUUUGUCGCUGUCCUUGGACACCCAGCGCGCUGCUCGCAAGUCGACCACAUCCUAGAAAUAAGUGUAAGUAUUAUCGUCUCUCUUAUCAUCUCUCAAAUAAAUAGAGUAUUAACAUACCAUGAGCAUGAACUUGAGUCGGCUGGGCAAGCCCGCUGUCUCAAUCAUCAUGUUGAUGCGGACAAAGUAUGCGUCCAUCAUCGCGUGACCCUUCUCCGACGCAUCCAAGCUGGCACCAAUAGUGCGGAGCAGGCUCGUCAGACUCUCCACCUCGGCUUCGUCAGGAACGCCCUCGUAGUCGACCAGCUUCUUGACACAUUCGUGCAUGAUACGCUCCGUCAGCAUGCCCAGCUUGUACAGUUCACCAAUGAACUUGACCAGACCCAGACCACGACGCUUGGCAGCGGCAGCGGCGUAAUACUCGUCCGACAUCAUGGCCGCUUCUUCCGUCGCGCCCUCGGGCUUGGGAGGAAGGUUCACCUUCCAGCCGCGUUCGAACUCCUCCUGGCAACGGUUGAGCAGGUACUUGCGGAACAGGCUGCCACCCGCAACCACGUUGCCGUUCUUGUCACGAAUGCUCUCGUCCCUGAUUUCAGGGCUUAUGCUCUCAAGCAUACGCUUGCAGAACUUGGCGUACAUGGGAGCCCAGUGCGCUUCGUCCGUCGCUUUCUCGAACGUGAGCUGGAUGACCUGCCGCAGGGUCCGCCCGUCGGUCUCAUCCUUGGAUUGGGAAACGAUGUCGAGGAUCUGUUGCGUGAUACGGUCGAAGUUAUCCGGCGUCAUCUUGUUGAGGUUGGCCUUAACUUUGCGCUGCACCAUUUCUGGGGUGAGACGAUCACCGCCCGGAGUAGGACCGGCGGCAGCUUGGCCGACACUGCGAGGCUUCCAGCCAGUGGCAGAGAUUGUCAAUGGCUUAACGUCCUUGUUGGCAGUGAGCGGCAUCGCCUUGUUGCUCUCCUCUUCCUUCUUCUGAGCCUGUUUAUCAGCACGCUUGCUGCCCUGCCGGGUGCCAGCGCGGCUGCCAGAAGGACGGGGAGACUGAGGCGCGUUGGAAUGCAAGGCAGCUGA